AUGAUGUCCAAUUUCAAUAUAAAUACGCCGUCUCUGCUACCACAAUUUGCUCACACUUCAUCGUGUUAAAGAGUGAAAAGGCAAAUUUGGAUUCAAAGUUUUGGCGGGAAACAUGUCGAAUUCGAAACCAGUCUUUGGAUAUCACGGGCUUCGUGGGAAAUUUUGGCUUGAAAAUUCAUUUCACACCUCCAAGAUUGCACAGCCCAUAAGGUUUCAGCUUGCUUAUCUCGGCGUGGACUAUGUCGAUAAGCAAUACCCGCUAACACAAGAAGGUGCGGAGGAGUGGGCGCAGGAAAAGGAACAUCACGGUCUGGAUUUUCCUAAUCUGCCAUACUGGAAAGACGGGGAGGUUAAUAUGACAGAGUCCCGCGCAAUUUUAAAGUUCUUAGCGCGGACGGAAGGUGGCGGGAAGCUCAUUCCUACGGACGCUAGGAGCCUAGUGAACGCUGAAAUGGUGGAAGGUCUCCUUUGGGAUGUUUGGUACGGCUUGAUCUGGAGGUGUUAUUUGGACUCGGAGGACAUGAUCAACGCUUUGGCAAGAUGUCCACCAAAGCUGGAAGUGCUGAAUAAGUUUCUGGGCAACAAGAAAUGGGUUUUGGGUGACCAGAUUUCCUACGUGGACUUCAUGCUGUACGAGAUACUGCACCAGUAUUCACUCUACGAUCCGAAGUACCUCUCCCCUUGCGGAGCCCUGCUCAAGCUGAAGGCCAACUUCGAGGAGCUCCCCGCCAUCAAAAAGUACAUGGCGUCGCCGGAGUACAUCGCAGCCCCGUGUUUCCACCCCAUGUACGCGAAGCACAAGGUGGUCGGCCUCACCUGCUAAUUAGCCUAUCCCGCACGUGGAACGAAGAACACGUGACAAAUGUUCUGAGUUGAAUUAAUGCUCAGGCAACCUUCGCUGUAUUAAUUCUUUUAAAUUUUAUCAAUAAAGUGACAUUUGGCUCUAAAAUUGAGA